UACACAUCAAGCCUCCCAUACCCAUAUCGCUCUGCCAACACCUCAGCCCACCCCUCCUGCUACACGGCCCUGUGCUGCCGCCCCUCGGCUAGUUGAUGCCCAGCGGCUGGAACCUCCCUCUCUCGUCGACCCAUCCCAGCUGCUGCCACUCGAACUGGCAAUCCUCGAUGCCCAGGUGGGUGUUGAAGCCCUUCACGAUGCCCGUCAGUCCAUAUCUGGCCGCCUCGUCCAGCCGGGCUUUGUGCACCACCUCGCGCAGCCCCAGCCGUCUGUGUGUAAGCUGCCCUCGGUUGACAGCGAAGCACUGCAGCGGCACCCGCACCACCCGCCCGCCCACAUUGGCCAUCACACCCACCACCUCACGAUUGCCGGCCGUCUUGGUCGCUGCGCACUUGACGAAGUGCUGCAUGGCGGCCUUGACGCGGCCACCCAGUGGGGUGUGGGUCGUGAGGCGCAUCUGGUCGACGGCCUCUGGCUCGUGGAGGAAGGCCCGACCUUCCAUGCGAUGUGGGGCGUCUCGUUACUGUGGGCGAAUGGGGAGGGCCUGGAGGGGGCGGCAGGGGCGUCAUUGUCUGUCGCAUCAGACGGCUUGGGGCGGGGGGGAGGGAAGCGGGCGAGGGGCAGCAAGCGCGUCAGCAGGUCGGCGACGUCACGCUGUGGGUUGAGGGCGCCGUUGACGCCGUCCAUGACGGCCUGGGGCAGCUCGUUGUUGAGCACGGUGCGGUACUCGGCUAACACCACACCGUGCGCCUCUCGGUCGGACUGCUCGGCGUUGGGUGGCAGCUGCUGUGGCGUCCGCACCAUGUAGAUGGCCGCACCCGACCGCAGCAUCGCGCGGAUGGCCCCUCUCAUCCCGCUGAUCGUCGCAUCUCGCCGCGCGGACGGGUGGUGAUCACUCACCAAAGUGGCGAGUUCUCCGCUGGCGAGGGUGAGGGGGGUCUCGUUGUCGCUGUUUCUUUCGUUGAUGUCUGCGUGGCUGAGGUGGGGACACAGCCACUCGAUCACAUGAUACGAGCCGUAUACAGCCGCCCGGUGCAGGGGCGUUGCGCUAGGGAGGAACGGGGUGAGCGGCUGUGUGGUGUGAGUGAGGCUGGCGCCGUUGUCCUUCAUCAGCUGCAGGAAGGCGUGGAUGAAGGCCUCCGAGUAGAUGGGGCCCACACCGGCGGCCGAAUGGAUGACAUUGCAGCCACGAGCGUCGGUCUCGGUCGCGAGGGAGCGGUCUUGUUUGACGUUGUAGGUGUAGAUGGCCAUCAGGGCGGCCUCAUACCGCUCGCUCGUCCUCACCCGACGUGGCAGGAAGACCAGCUGCCGCCCCCGCAGAGCCGCCCCGUUGGCCACGAGUGUCUUGACGGCCGUCAGGUUGCCCGCUCGCACCGCCACCUCGAUGACACCGUUGCUCUCGAUGGAGCUCGGCCCGGGGAACGGAGGAAAGCUGUCGAUCCUGAGCCGAAUUAUGGCGUCGAUCAGCGCCGACAGGAUGGCCGCCUGCACCUCGCGCGACGGCCAUAGCGGCAAGAUGAACUCUCCUUCUUCAUGUUGCCCGAUGGUAAGCUCCUCCUCGAGCACUGUUGGAGUGCUCCAGUCGUCGAUGGCCAAGGACAGCAGACACAGACGCAGCACUCGAGUACGCCCGACUAUACGCCGACGCCGCAGCUCGACGUACACGGCGGCGUCGGCGCCUUGGCGGAUGAGCUGCUGCACUUCGGCAGGGGUGAUGGUGCGUAGUAUGAUCCCUUGGACCAGCCGCUGCGUCGCGUCAUUCGUGUCAGGUGGGAGGUGGAUCACGAUACCCUUCACCUUCAUCGCCUGCUGCUGCGGCCGCUGCUGCUGCUGCUGGUGUGGUUGUUGGCCAGCUGAUGAUGUGGCCGACAUCAAUGGCCAAUCCUGAUGAUCAUCGCAGAACCACACAGAAGGCUUGUGGACAUGGUGUUGAAGUGUAGUGUAGUGCAGUGUCUGCCUUCUCCUUCACAGACGCCCACCUUGUCGUAGAUCACCGCGGCAUACGAUGAGGCCGACCUGAUGUACGGCACGUCCUCGACCUUGAGCCGGCCGCCCGAGCCCCUGGCGUCUUCGUCGGUCACGGUCCACUCGUGCCCUUGCCCAGCAGGUAGAAACUCACGUGGUUGUACUCGUCUGCAAAGUGCAAAGGCACGCACAAACGCGUCCGUGCUUGUGUGGUGAGGCAUGCCAUAGAGAGUUUCUCAGUUUCUCGUACGUGCGAGCAGCUGUCUGAAUUUGAGGGUGGUCGGGUGCUGCGAUUGCCGCCCGGCUGAUGACGCGGCCGACAUGAUGCUCGAGCCCUGCGCGCAGAGCCACACAACAGAACCAGCCAUACAGAUAGGGUGUGUUGCAGUGUGCUGCAGUGUGUUGUGCGGCGGUCACGUACUCGAAGCAUUGGUCCCUGACGUUGUGCUACAGACGGUAACGCUCAGACGCGGCCGCCAUUGUCAUGUCCUAUGGAAACAGAGCGAAGGUGAUCAUCGUCGCCUCUCUCGCACACGCGGCAUGCUGGCCACCUGAAGGCGAGUCACUCGAAGAGCGCCGCCAUGCUCGCGCCGGCAUGAAUGGAUACGAUAACCUGCACAUGGACAAACAAACAGCAGCCGUGUACACAGCCGUCUGCCACCCGUCGCAGUCAUGAUGCGGUCGGUGCUCACCUAUGAAUGGGUGCUUUGUUUCAGGAGGGAGGCAGCGAGAAGCGAUGAACCAACGAUACCACUAAUCAAACCGCCUUGCAAGUUCUCCAGCCAUUGGGAG